AUGGACAACAUUUGGAAAUCCUACAAUUCUUUGCCCACACUUUUAGAAGCAAAAGAUCGUUUUAUGAACCGGGAACAGGUGUUCUCCAAUCUAACAAGGCUACUAUCAAAACAUGGCAACGCUUUCGGCGUUUGUCUCGUCCAUACACACUGCACAUUAGUAGAAGGCGAAAUCAUGCUGGACAAAGACGAUAUCUCGCAGCCAGUGGGCGUCUCAGAAACUGGAACUUACCGGCGUACGAAAACACCACCAGAAACACUACUUAACGAGUUUCGGAAUAUAACCCAGGAAAUCGGAGUACUUGGUCUGUACCACGUGGCGAGUGAAGGUGCAGAAAAACUGGAGUGGACUGAAGGACGACAGAACUUAAAUCUGGGCAAAGGGGAUCCUGUUACAAUGGCUUGCAUUCUGUUCUGUACUACGGCGACUACAGAACGAGGUGGAUAUCAUUUGGAAAGAAAAGUACACUACAAAACUAGUUGUUAAGUUCGCAUACCUGAUGUCACAAGUAGCUUGUGGCUUUGUGUUUAGUGCUCUAUCAGCAGAUUCUUUUACCUAGCAUGAACUAUGAUAUCAUAAGAGGCAACUAGAAACAGAGCUAUUAUUGAC